AUCCCUCCCAGUCUUCUCCUAUAAAUUCUUCACCAAAAUCUUCCUUCUCACUUCACGAUUCAAAAUUCUGCAACAAGCUCCAAUCCAGUUUUCCAAUUUCAUCCGCUCCCCAGUUUGUAAUCUUCCCUAAUCAAGCUCCAAAAUGGCGCGAACUAAGCAGACGGCGAGAAAAUCGACGGGAGGCAAAGCCCCGCGCAAGCAGCUGGCCACCAAGGCUGCCCGGAAGUCUGCUCCGGCUACUGGCGGGGUGAAAAAACCCCACCGCUUCAGGCCGGGGACAGUAGCGCUGAGGGAGAUCAGAAGGUACCAGAAGAGCACGGAGCUGUUGAUUAGGAAGCUCCCGUUCCAGAGACUGGUUCGAGAAAUUGCUCAGGAUUUCAAGACCGAUCUUCGGUUCCAGAGCGGCGCCGUUGCUGCUCUCCAGGAGGCCGCCGAGGCCUACCUCGUCGGAGUCUUCGAAGAUACCAAUCUCUGCGCGAUUCAUGCCAAGCGGGUCACCAUCAUGCCCAAGGACAUCCAGCUUGCGCGUAGAAUCCGAGGCGAGAGGGCUUAGAAAAUGAAAAUCUGAAAUGUACUGGUUAGCUACUAGAUGUUUUUCUGUCGGGUGUUUUUUUGUUUAUCCAAACCUAUUGUUAUGUACGUUGUGAAAGUGAGAUGUAAAAAAGGUGGAAUUUCAUCUUCAUCUAUCUCAUCGUUCGUCCGGUAUUUCUUGUUA